AUGUCUAUACAUUUUAAUCAAUCAAAUUUUGAUUUAUUUCAUUCAAAUAAAUUUUUAUAUAAAUCCAUUCAAACUAUAUUCAAUGAUCAAUUGAAUCAUGAAAAUACUUCUAUAUUAAAUAAUAAUCAUUUCAAUCAAUCAAUUUAUGAUUUGAAUAAUUAUAAAUUAUUAUGUAAUAUAUGUAAUAAUUUAUUGAAUUUUAAUCAAUUUAUUGAUUUAAUGAUUCAUUUACAAAAUCAACAUAUUAUAACUUAUUAUCGUUGUCAUGGAUGUGAAGAAACAUUUACUGAUCAAAUUCAAUGUCUUAUACAUAUUCUUUAUCAUCAUAUUACAACAACAAAAUCAAUCAUUCAGGAGGAUGAUACUACUAUUAACCUAAACACAAGUAGUAGUAGUAGUAGUAGUAGUAGUAGUAGCAUCAGCAGUAGUAGUAGUAAUAGUAAUAAUAGUAGUAAUACUAUUACUCAUAAUGAUAAUAACAUUAAGAAAUCAGUUUCAUUUAAUGAAAAUGAGAAUACCUCAUGUAAAUACCAAUACUUAAAUAGUACCCAUAACAAUAGCAUUCAAUUACAUGAUAUAAGUACAAAUUCUGAUCUUAUAUACACCAAUAAUACUAAUAAUACUACUAAUACUAAUACUACUAAUACUAAUAAUACUAAUAAUAAUUCAUUAUCAUAUGAAUAUUCAAAUAGACAAGAAAGUGUUAAACUGAAUCAAACUACUGAUAAUCAUUUAAUAAACAAUGAAAGUAGUAUAAAUCAAUUUCAUAUAAAUAAUAAUUGUCAUAUACAAUCAUUCAUUCAUUUUCUUACAAUGUUAUUUUGGCCUAAUUUAUGGUCUAUUAAUUGGAUACAAUCUGAUAUAGAUAGUAUAUUAAAUAAACAUUUGAAUAAAGAUAUAAAUCAAUAUAAUAUAAAUAUGAUAUCAAACAUUGAUGAAUGUACAAGAUCAUUGACUUCAUCUACAACAUUAUCAUCAUCAUCAUCCUCAUCAGCAGCAGCAUCAUCAGCAUCAUCAUCAUCAUCUUCAUUAUCCAUUCCCUCUAUGUCAUCAUUACAUUUUCAAGAAAAUAAUGAAACACAUGGACUAACACAUAACAAAUUAGUUGAUAUGGUAACAUCAGAUCAAAUUAAAUGUAACAAAAUCAAUGAAUCCAUUAUAUCAAAUGAAUAUAAUCAAUUUAAUGAAAAAUGUACACAAUUUCAACAAACUACAAAUUGUAUAUAUUUAUUACAUUCACAUCCUGUUCUUAGAUUAUUACCAUAUGAAAUUGCAUCAAAAUUGGAUAGUUAUAAAGCAUCAAAAAUAUGUCAUCUUUGUUUAAAAGAAUUUACCGAUGAAAUGACAGUACUUCAUCAUCAAGUUGAAGAACAUAGUCUUGAAGAUCAUUCAAACAUGUCAAAUUUUAUCAAUAAACAAAAUUCAUUAUUUAUUAAUUAA